UCUUGCAGUGACUUGUUCUGUGGUCUGAUCCGAGUGGAAAGGACUCGUGUUCUGUGGAUGCUCAGGAGGAGCCGGUGGACAGCUGAGAGCUACCAGCACAUCUCUGCUGGCCGCAGCCAACAGCCAUACUUGGGACCCUAUCUUCUGCUGCUCUACUUCUUUUCGUUGCAUGGAGCAGGUGUGAUUUUUACAGAGACUGAUUGAAUACCAAAGCUGGUGAAGUGACCUCGGUCAAUGCAUAUAGCCGUUACUUCAUUUCAGGUAGAGUUGCGUGCCAACAGUAUGCCUAAACAAGUGGAGGUGAGGAUGCACGAGAGUCACCUGGAGCCAAUAGAGUCCCGGCCUCAAUCCAAAUGUGCCAGACUCUGCUCCAACAUGUUCAAGAACCUUCUGCUCACACUCACUGUCCUCGGUGUGAUCUUAGGUGCAGUGGCAGGGAUGUUGCUUCGUGUAGCCUCCCCAAUUCACCCGGACAUCAUCAUGGUCAUUGCCUUUCCUGGAGAUAUCCUCAUGAGAAUGCUGAAGAUGUUGAUCCUGCCUCUUAUCAUCUCCAGUUUAAUCACAGGACUGGCUGGUUUGGAUGCCAAAUCUAGUGGUCGUCUGGGUACCAGAGCAAUGGUCUACUACAUGUCCACCACUAUCAUCGCUGCCAUCCUGGGAGUCAUCCUCGUAUUGGUUAUCCAUCCUGGAAACCCCAAACUCAAAGAGAAUCUCGGCGAGGGAGAGAAGAAUGAUGAUGUGUCCAGCUUGGAUGCCUUCUUUGAUCUGAUCAGGAACCUGUUCCCAGAGAACCUGGUGCAGGCUUGUUUCCAACAGAUCCAGACGGUGACUAAGAAGGUGGAGGUGGUUGUUGAGGAAGAUGUCAAUGCCACUGCUGUGGAGGGCCUUUUGGCAAAUAUUACCAAGGAACCUCAGUUUACCAUUAAAAAGUCCCUGCAGUUCAAGAGUGGAAUGAAUGUCUUGGGUCUGAUUGGUUUCUUUAUUGCAUUUGGCAUCUGCAUGGGCAAGAUGGGAGAGCGGGCCAGAUUGAUGAUUGAAUUUUUCAACAUUCUCAACGAGAUUGUGAUGAAACUUGUCAUCUUGAUCAUGUGGUAUUCUCCCUUUGGUAUUGCCUGCCUGAUCUGCGGUAAGAUCAUUUCCAUAAAGGACUUGGAAGUGGUGGGCAGGCAACUGGGAAUGUAUAUGGUCACUGUGAUUGUUGGCCUCAUCAUUCACGGAGCCAUCUUCCUCCCGAGUAUCUAUUUUGUAAUCGUCAGGAAAAACCCCUUCAAAUUCUUCUUGGGGAUCUUCCAGGCCUGGAUCACCGCCCUGGGCACUGCAUCAAGCGCCGGGACACUGCCUGUUACUUUCCGCUGUCUGGAGGAGAAUUUGGGAAUCGACAAAAGAGUCACUCGUUUCGUGCUCCCAGUUGGUGCCACCAUCAACAUGGAUGGAACUGCUCUGUAUGAGGCUGUAGCUGCUAUCUUCAUUGCCCAGAUGAACGGUGUCCACCUGGACCCCGGUCAGAUUGUGACCGUUAGUCUCACAGCCACUCUGGCCAGUGUUGGAGCUGCUAGUAUUCCCAGUGCUGGACUGGUGACCAUGCUCUUGAUUCUGACUGCUGUGGGGCUGCCAACCCAGGACAUCAGUCUGCUAGUUGCUGUAGACUGGCUUCUGGACCGGUUCAGGACCUCCGUGAAUGUGGUUGGGGACUCCUACGGUGCAGGCAUCGUGUACCACAUGUCCAAGGCAGAGCUUGAAGAGCUGGAUGCGCACGCGGCUAAAUCAGACGACAUUGAAAUGACAAAGACCCAGUCGUAUUACGACGAGAUGAAGAACCACCACGAAAACAAUUCCAACCAGUGCGUUUUAACGCCUACCACAAAUGCUAACAAUUCUGUCGUAGUAGAUGAGUGCAAGGUAACCUCUGCCACAAACGACUCUGCUGCGGAGUGCACGCUUGUUGAGGAGGAACCAUGGAAACACGAAUAAUGGCAGUGCAGAGAUCUCCUGCUCCUGGGCUCCACAAGCUUUCCUUUCUGGUGAUGGAAAAAAAAAGAGUGAAUGAAAAAAAAAAGUCAUAUGAACAAAACUACUAAUGUUUUUGAUGUAGUCUAGUUUUCUUUAUUAGUAGUCCCUUUAAGAUGUUGUUUUUUUAAUUCUCUCUCUGACUGAUAACUACUACUAAUUCACUUAACGGUGAAACAGCGGGACGCGCUUCCUGUUAGAGCACAGUUAUGUCCUUAAUAGCAGACUCUUGCACAAUACAUUUCAAUGUCGAAGGAGGGAAGGAAGAGAAAAACGUGAGAAACACACUAUUGCUAGCAAUACAUUCCGCUUCCACUUGAAGCAUCUCAGAGGGAGAUUGAUUAUUGUAACGAGAGUGGGAGUCGUCACUUCCUCGCUUCACUUCCGUUUUCGGGCCAUCAGAAGCACAUGUGCCAAGAUCGUGUUUAUUCUUAGUCUUAGAAUGCACCCAGCUACAUUUAUCAAUUAUUUGCCAGAAUUGAUGAAAGGGUUGGGGGCAAGUUCUACUGAGCCUUAUAGCACAAUAUUCAUGACAGAACAGUAAAGCACAAAUCGUACCAUGAAGACAAAUUCAAAACACUAUGUGUUUCCUUUUUUAUUCACUUUAAUUUAGGUACAGGGCAUUUGUGUGUGUGUGCGUGUGCGUGUGCGUGUGCGUGUGCGUGUGCGUGUGUGUGUGCGUGUGCGUGUGCGUGUGUGUGUGUGUGUGUGUGUGCGUGCGUGUGCGUGUGCGAGUGUGUUCGAGCAUUCAGAAGAAAGAUGAAGUGAGUUUCCGGGACCGAAAAGGCAGAAAGAAAUAUUCUAAAAAGGGGUUCAAACUGCCACAGUCAUAUCAGAGACCAGAAUUUAUGUCUGGUUAAAUUGACACAAUCUCUAAUUCCAAUGAAAUUCCACCUUUAAAAGACAGCAUUAUCACUGCCUGAAAUAAUUGAGUGACACCAAUGACAUUAAAGUGAAAUUUGGAUUGGAACGCCAAUGAUGAAUUGGCUUAUCUAAAAUCCACGAUGGCACAACCACUAAAUGAUGUAAAGCACAAAGCACAUGGCACAAAAUAAAGGUAUCGAGCCAUUGACUUGACGUCCCGGUAGGCGGCGCGUUCAAAAUUAUGCAAAUACUGCACGUAGGUUCCAAGAGAAAACUGGAAAUUGUCAGGCCUUGACGUUUACUGCUGUAAAAUUAGAAAGAAGACAUUUGCAGGAAUCCUGCCAACUUCCUCACCUGAGCUCUUCCUAUCAGGAAACGAUGGCUUAAUCGCACAACGCAUUCCCGACAUUAACUCUGACAAUGUGCAGAGGCUUCACGCCUGAAUGUUACAUUGCGGUGGUUGACGGAUUCUCUACCUGCGCUUAGGAUCACAUUAGUUUGGAUGAAACACAGACAGAGAUGAGACAAAGUGCAGCUAAUGGACGUCAGAUGGGAUUGUUGACAUGCACAAACAGAGACAGACCAGAGAUAUUUGUACUCAUCCUUGAGGAGCCUCCGAAGAUUCUUAUUUUGCCAGCUGUACAAAGGCAAACGAUUCCGUAUUUUUAGCCGCCAGAGCCCAAGACUGUUUCUGCAAACCCUCGAUGCUGCAGUGUGUGCCCAUAUGCAUGAUUUCACUACACAGAAAAGUGGACAUAUAUUCCCUCACUUUUCACCCAAAUCAGGUAAUAUUAAUUUCGAUCCCUCAAACAAGCAUCGGCGCGAUUGUGUGUCUUAUUCCGUAUGAGUGAGAAAUCUGUUUCUGUUUCUUGUCAUUCCUUCCUGUCUUGUUUCUCUCCAUUUGUGCUUAAUGACAACCCGGCAUCGAAGAUGUCUGCGUCACACUAAGGCACACGACUAAAUGUUGACGGAACAGUAGAAAAGCUAACAAAAUACCUAUUGCACCACUCAGUAUAGUUGAGUUCGCUCACAAGCCAUCGUAGUGGGCUUCCAUACCCGACAAUGCACAUUUGUGGCACACAUUAGCAUAUGAACACGCUUAUACAAACCACCGAGGUGACAAAACACUGAAGAGCACAGCGCUGACACCCUUCCAGUUCGACCUUAUGGUUUUGUUUCCUCCAGGAACAAAGUUUCUCCAUUUAGGAGGCCAUGAGCACGAUCAUGAUGAGAGUUGGACCACGUUUAUGUUCAAACUAUUUUAGAAGCAUGAAUAAAAUGAGAUGAUGAUGAUUUUUUUUUUUUGCACCACUUUCUUAAAAGCAUGAUAUAUGAAGUGCCUCCUUGCACUUUUGUGUAUAUAUUGUAGUCUACAGUGUUUUGUUGUCGUUGUUUGUUUUCAUCCUCUCUCCCUGUUGGGGAAUGAUGAAAUGGUUUGUAGGAAUAUAGUUUUAUCGCUGUUACAUUUGAAAUGUAAUCCUAGAGAAAAUAUAUCAUGUAUGUCUUGAGUAGAACUAGAGUAGCCAAAAUGUAUAUGCAGGAAAUUGUGUAUUAAAUUGCUCUUUUCAUUUAUUUUUUUUAUUCGCUAAUAAUUAGGUGCUUUACUUAUCUGUCACUCAAAAAUAUACAGUAUAAAUAUCUUUUUUGUAUCUAAUGUAAGCCUUUUUGAAUGUUUGUUCUAUGACAAUAUAAGCAGUGUUCAUUCAUUGUCAUUGUACAGAAAUAGAUAUGUCAAUGUUCUGACCCGUGGCAAUGCAGAAUAUCCUGAAGCAACAUUUGCAUGAGGAGAACAAAUAAAAAUAAAAAACACAA